CGCCGCGUGCGUAAAGGAGGAGGGGCGAAAGGGAAUCCCAGGAAGGGGUUACAAAUAUCGCGUUGUCCAUGAUCCACUUCAUAGGAAGUAAAGGUGGAGGAGCAGCGACUGGGUGAAUGUAUGAAUGAAGCGGAUGAGAGUUUGUGUUUUAUUUGGAGAGGAGAGGAGACGGGAGGGAAACGAUGCGCUCUCCUCGGUGAUGUUUACGGGACCGGACAAUUAGCGGCGAAUCAGCGGCAAUGUCAGCCCGACCCGGGAGCUCAAGGAUGAAGCGCGUCUCGGAGCAACGCUGCUCCACCGCGGUGCAAUAAUGUGUGAAGCAAUCGCCUGCUCCUCGUCUUCGCUUUGAACACGCUGUCCCUUUGUGGCCAAAUGCGAGAGGGAGUCCGCGGUUCCUCCUGAGAUUCAAAACAGAACAUUGGGGAGGAAGUUCAGCGUUUGAUCCCACAUGGACAUUGUGUUUGCAGUGAUUGUCGAGGCCUCCGGUAGCUCAGCUGGACGGCACCAAAGCGCACAGACCUCUGGCAAAAUGUCAAGGAUGCUCCGAGGAGGAGCAGCGCAGAGCAGACAGGUCACAAGUGGAGCCGAGGGAACCACCGAGAGACGUUUCCUUUAAAAACCAGAAAGAAUGAGACCUCUUGACUUCUCGGGUGUGUUUUCCUGGGCGAAUUCGACGUGACAUCGGACCCCCCACACCCACCCACCUCUUUUUUUUCGCCUUUUGGCUCCUGAUGCACCAGGACUUCUGCUGCUGCAGUUCUGAUGCCGCAACCCAGCUGGGUCAGAAUCACAGAGUAGUCGAAGGAUUGUGUCAGUGAGCGGGGAAAUCCACGCACCUCGUACCCCGAACCACACACCAUGGAUGACUCGGGGAUAAUAAGGCGCCGGAGGCUGCAGAAGGACUUGCCACUGCCUCGCAAAAACAGCAGCUGUCGCACGAGCAACAGGAAGAGUCUGAUCCUGACGACCACGUCUCCCACGCUGCCUCGCCCACACUCCCCUCUGCCUCUGCCAGGACACCUCGGAAGCAGCCCUCUGGACAGUCCGCGAAACUUCUCUCCCAGCAACCCUGCACACUUCUCGUUCGCCUCCUCCAGAAGAGCGGAUGGACGGCGAUGGUCUUUAGCGUCUUUGCCGUCUUCUGGUUAUGGCACCAACACUCCCAGCUCAACGUCCUCCAGCUCCUCUCAAGAGCGACUGCACCAGCUGCCCUUCCAGCCCACCAUGGAUGAGCUCCACUUCUUAUCCAAGCACUUUGGCAGCACCGAGAGCAUCACGGAUGAUGACGGCGGCCGCUGCUCUCCACACAUGCGGCCACGCUCCCGCAGUCUCAGUCCAGGACGAUCCUCCUCCUGUUAUGAUAAUGAGAUAGUGAUGAUGAACCAUGUGUACAAAGAACGCUUUCCAAAGGCCACGGCGCAGAUGGAGGGCAGGCUGGCCGAGUUCAUCCAGGUUUUCUCGCCCGAAAACGUUCUUCCGCUGGCCGAUGGAGUCCUCAGCUUCAUCCAUCACCAGAUAGCCGAGCUGUCCCGAGACUGUCUGGCCAAAGCCCGCGAGGGCCUCAUUACAUCUGUCUACUUCUUUGAGCUACAGGAGAAUUUGGAAAAGCUGCUCAAUGAUGCCUAUGAGCGCUCGGAGAGCUCUGAGGUGGCCUUCGUCACAGAGUUGGCCAAAAAGCUUCUUAUCAUCAUCUCCCGGCCCGCCAGGCUUCUGGAGUGUCUGGAGUUUAACCCGGAGGAGUUUUACCAUCUGCUGGAGGCGGCGGAGGACCACGCCAAGGAGGGUCAUCUGAUGAAAACAGACAUUCCUCGUUACAUCAUAAGCCAGCUGGGACUGACCAGGGACCCAAUUGAAGACAUGGUAAACCUUGACAGCUACGACAGCGAGGGACCAAUAACUCCCGAAACCGAUGACUCAACAGAGGGUAAGAUUAGAGCCAUGAAACCACCAGGAGAAGCAGAUUUCCAGACCAUCAAGCUCAUCAGUAACGGAGCGUACGGCGCCGUUUACUUGGUGCGUCACCUGGAGACCCGCCAGCGAUUUGCCAUGAAGAAGAUCAACAAGCAAAACCUGAUCCUGAGGAACCAAAUCCAGCAGGCCUUCGUGGAACGGGACAUCCUGACCUUCGCGGAGAACCCCUUUGUCGUUUCCAUGUUCUGUUCCUUCGAAACCCGCCGGCACCUCUGCAUGGUCAUGGAGUACGUGGAAGGUGGGGACUGUGCCACGCUGCUGAAGAACAUCGGCGCCCUGCCUGUGGAAAUGGCUCGCAUGUACUUCGCAGAGACGGUGCUAGCGCUGGAAUACUUGCACAACUAUGGCAUCGUGCACCGCGACCUGAAGCCUGACAACCUCCUGAUCACGUCAAUGGGCCACAUCAAACUCACUGACUUUGGCCUGUCUAAGAUGGGUCUGAUGAGUCUGACCACCAACCUGUAUGAAGGACACAUAGAGAAGGAUACUCGGGAGUUUUUAGAUAAACAGGUUUGUGGCACUCCGGAGUAUAUCGCCCCAGAGGUUAUCCUUCGACAAGGUUAUGGGAAGCCAGUGGACUGGUGGGCGAUGGGCAUCAUCUUGUACGAGUUCCUGGUGGGCUGUGUGCCGUUCUUUGGAGACACUCCAGAGGAGCUGUUCGGCCAGGUCAUUACAGACGACAUUGUGUGGCCAGAGGGGGAUGAAGCUCUCCCUGUUGAUGCGCAGCACCUCAUCUCCUCCCUCCUGCAGACAAACCCCCUGGUUCGACUCGGCACAGGUGGUGCUUUUGAAGUGAAGCAGCACUCGUUCUUCACAGAGGUGGACUGGAACAGCCUGCUGAGACAGAAGGCAGAGUUCAUCCCUCACCUCGAGUCAGAGGAAGACACCAGCUAUUUUGACACCCGGUCCGAGCGGUAUCAUCACGUGCAGUCAUACGACGAGGACGACACCAACGACGACGAGCCUGUGGAGAUUCAUCGCUUCUCGUCCUGCUCCCCACGCUUCAGCAAGGUGUACAGCAGUAUGGAGCAUCUGUCUCAGCUGGAGCAUAAACCCCACACCGUGACUCUCCGGGAUCACAAGAUCCCCCGGGAGGAUCGAGUGGCCAAGAGAGAAAGUCUGGGAAGUGUCACCCUCCGAGACAAGAGCUGGCGGACUGGCUCGCCUGAAAUGAAGCGCUUGUCCUGCUCCGAGUCGUCCUUCAUGGAGAGCGACUCCAGUCAGCCGUCCGGGGCCCGAAGACGCUUCUCCGCUCUCAUGGAUACGUAUCGCAUGGCCUCCCCCCUGGAGCUGGACUCUGAGUUGCCUGUGCCGGGAAAGCAACCUGCAGUGAAGAUGAGAGGGACUUCCCUGGAGGGAGCCAGCCCCUCUCAAGGCGACCUGAGGACACUUUUUAAGGAUGGUAACGGCCACACAGCUGGAGAUAAACUUUUGAGACCUGCCGAUGCAUCGCUGCCUCUGUCGGGCGGUGCUACCGUUUUAGGGCCUCCCGACCCGCAGGCCUCCCGCGGGGCCACCACAGACCUCGUCUUGCGAAGAGUUCGACACCAGCAGCUCUCGGCUGAGGGAGACAAACUUACUUCACGACCUGGAACCAAAGUUAUUAAAUCUGCCUCUGCUACUGCUCUGUCUGUCAUGAUUCCUGCAGUGGAGCAACACGGCGCCUCCCCUCUGGCGAGCCCCAUGUCUCCCCGCUCCCUCUCGUCCAACCCCUCGUCUCGGGACUCCUCCCCCAGCCGAGACUACUCCCCUAUGGUCAACGUCCUGCGCUCUCCGAUCACAAUCCACCGCUCCGGGAAGAAGUAUGGCUUCACUCUGAGAGCGAUCAGAGUCUACAUGGGAGACAGCGACAUUUACAGCGUGCAUCACAUGGUCUGGCAUGUGGAGGACGGAGGUCCCGCUCAGGAGGCUGGACUUAGUGCUGGGGACCUCAUAACCCACGUGAACGGGGAGUCGGUCCAUGGUCUGGUCCACACGGAGGUGGUGGAGCUCAUCCUGAAGAGUGGAAACAAGGUGACCGUUACAACAACACCCUUUGAGAACACUUCCAUAAAAGUGGGUCCUGCUCGCAAGUCGAGCUAUAAAUCCAAGAUGGCACGACGCAGCAAGAGGGCAGGAGCCAAGGAGGGACAAGAUAAGAAGCGCAACUCCCUGUUCAGGAAAAUCACCAAACAGUCCAACCUCCUUCACACCAGCCGCAGCCUCUCCUCUUUAAAUCGCUCCCUGUCUUCUGGAGACAGCCUCCCGGGCUCCCCCACCCACAGCAUCUCCGCCCGCUCGCCCACUCAGAGUUACCGCUCCGCUCUCGAAUCCCCUCACCUGGGCACCUCGUCCCAGAGCAGCUCGCCGGCAUCCAGCACUCCCAACUCCCCGGCCGCCUCCCACCACAUGAGGCCCAGCUCCCUCCACGGCCUGUCCCCCAAGCUUCACCGCCAGUACCGCUCCGCCCGCUGCAAAUCCGCCGGCAACAUCCCCCUGUCCCCCCUGGCUCACACCCCGUCCCCGACCACCUCCUCCCCUCCGCCCCUCUCCGGCCACACCGUAGGGAGCUCCAACACCACCCAGAUGUUUCCUGCCAAGCUGCACUCCUCCCCUCCCGUUUCCCGCCCUCGUCCCAAGAGCGCCGAGCCCCCCAGGUCCCCUCUGCUGCAGAGGGUGCAGUCCUCAGAGAAGCUGGGAGCGCCGAUUUUACCGUCCUCCUCCUCCUCCUCCUCGUCCCCUUCUCCUCUGACGGGUGGGGUGUCGCUACGCAAGCAUAGCCUGGAGGUGACACACGGGGACUACAGGAGGGAUUCUUUUCACUGUGAGCACAGUCUGCAAAGUCUGCUGGAGAUAGAAGGGGAGAACGGACCUCCUCCUCCAUCCCCUUCGUCGUCUUCCUCCCCGUCUCCCCCCAUGGGCGGGGAGAUCGGAGGCCUGAAGCCCGCAAGGAGGCUGGGGAGGCAGGAGUCACCGCUCAGCCGCGACACGCUUCUGACAGGAAGAGACAAAGACACCCAGACGCCGGCGUCGGACGCCGAGGGAGCGGCUCCCAAAGCGGACUCCAAGUCCAGCGCCACGGACAAGAGUAAAACGUCGUCCGCAGGUGAGGUCGUGAAGAGAAACGGAAGCGCGGCGGAGGUAAAGUCUGGGGUCUCGCCUGCUGAGGUCAAACCCAGUCCCGGGAGCAAAACUCCAACUGCAGAGGCGGCGGUUUUGAAGAGCAAACCCAACGAGAAGGUCGCGGCCACGUCAAAAAGCCUGCAACAAGACGGUAAGCAGCCGAGUGCACAAACGGACAGCGGACCGGCAACUAAAGCUCAAGAGAAGACUGAGGACAAAGUAAAAGGCGUAGCAAGCGGCGACAAAGGUAGUUCACAGAAAUCGUCGCCCACGGAGCAGUCGAAGCAACGUAAAGGCUCGGAGACGGCGGAGAAAGGAGGCAGCGAGAAAUCGGCCGACACAACCAAAGUCAAAGCACCGGCGCCCCCGGCUCCAACCAGCGGGGCCAAGCAUAAAGAGGAGAAGCCGACAACCGGCCUCAGAGGUGCCAAAGAGGAGAAGGCACGCCUGGAGGUUCUGGAGGAGAAUCCCACGUCGCCCUCCUCCAACGCGGCCUCCCCCUGCUCGAGCAAGACGCGACCCAUGUCCCCCGGAGACAAGUCCAGCUUCGUCACUCAGCUGACGAGCGUGGCCAAGACAGUGCUGGGGCCGAUGAAAGGGGCUUCGCAAGAGGGAGGCAAGGCCAAAGACGCCUCCAAGUCGGGCGAGGAGAGGCGGGGGAACGCGGCGGGGAGAGCGGAGCCUUCGGCCGGGGGCGUCCGCCGCGGGGCUCAGACGUCGGCCUCGAGCGGCGCCGGCUCAGCCCCGCAGGAUAAAGGAAGCAGCCGCGGCUCCAAGCAUCACUCGUGAUACGAGGAAGAGCGAGACUCUCCCAUGUAAUGCCUUUUUACCGUAGCAUCACUCUGACAUAUCAUGACUUCGAACGAAGAGGAAGACAGAAACGCCUGCAGGAGGAGAAACAACAAAACGAGAAAAGAAAAAAAAACAAAACACCAAAUAUGUAGACGAUUAAGAUCAAAGAUGCAUCAGCUGCUGGUGGAAAAUGUGUGCACAUGGUGUCAUAAUGUAGACCUGUGUAUGUGCUGUGCGUCCAUCACGAUGUGUUGUUAUGUACAUAAUGCAUGUCCGACACUGUACAUGGAAGACAAAAAGAAUAUUUAAAAAAAGAAAAAUAUACAGCAGACCUUAAUGUAGAAAACACUGUGAACAACUUUUUUCGACUGAACACAAACUUUGAAAUGUGCGUCCGACGGGGGCAUUAGCCACGUUUCAGAUCAGCUCCAGUGCCAUCGUUUAAGUUCAGUACAACACUCCUCAGUUAAUCAAAACUGGAUCGAGCACAGAGGGGGGGUUUAGUAGCGUCCCGAAGAAUAUCACGAAUGAAGCGGAGGCCGGGCAGAGACGUGAAAACGCUGGAGGUGGCGGACGGAUCAAAUGGUUUGUUUCAGAUCUGUUUAAGGGCUGAAUCUCUGUGGGAUUAAAAGACGUAGAUUAACUUGCACAGGGACAAUAUGCAAUGUGCUAAUGAUGCCACUUUUUCUUUUUCCUUUUUCUUUUUGGGUGGUGUCCCCAACUACUAAGUUUACAUUGUGCUCUAGAGAAGAAGAAGAAAAGGGGGGUGAAGGUUGCAAUAAGCCAGUUAAACACAUACUGUUUUAAAAGAUCAUAGUUAAAUGUGCAAUUAUACAUUUUAGGCAAACAUAUAAGUGUGGGUAAAGAAGCAUCACUUACACUCGAGCGUGUGCUCUCUCACCGACUCUUUUCUUUUUAUGCAGUUUGUCGUGUAUUUGUUACGUGUGAAGGAAAGUGCCAGUGUUUUUAAUUUAGGGAUAAUGUAGAGUCGUUUUUGUACUAUAACAAUAUGCAAUCCAAGAGUGCCCGGUUCCAUGAAACUGAGCAUCCGUGUCAGUGAAACCAGAUUAGAUUCUCAAGAGCGUCCUAGUGUUGAGGUAGUAGUGUUGUGUGUUUAAAACAUUUUGGGAACCCGUCUUAGACUGACACCCUGUGGUCGACACCUGAAGUCCUGAGCUUCAACGAUGAGUGUACAUUUAACAAAGAAGUCUGACAUCCUUUUUUCUUUUUCUUUCCAUUCAAGAUCAAUUUUAUUUUAUCUAUUAUGAUGUAGUGGUUUAAACGGUCAUUAACCCGGUGUUUGGACAAAGUGUUUUCGUGUGUGAUGUGAGGAAAAAAUGCACUUUAUGUUGUCAAAUAUUUGUAUUUAUUUAUUUAUUUCUACAUGUCCUAUUUAUACUUUUUUAUUAUUAUUAUUAUUAUUUAAAAUUCUGCUUUACUACUCACAUUAGUUAGAAUCAUUUUGAAUUUUUCUGAAUUUUACAUCCACACCAGGAAAAUCUACCAAAUCUGUGUGGCUGUGCAGUUUUGACUUUCCAUAAGUCUAAAGUUGUACUUUUGCUGUUUUAUUUAUUUUGUUUUAUUUUAUGUUUUACAGCAGCUAUCCCUUGACUGUUGACUGUCCAUUACAAUGCUACAUAUUUAACAGACACUGUUGUGAAAAACCAAUGGGGGGGAGAAAAAAAAAGCCUAUAGUGAAGUAAUAAAAUGCAGAGAAACACC